GGUGUGAGCGGCCGGGCAGGGCGCCCCCAGGAUGCUGCGGUUCCUGCGCAGGACCUUUGGCCGGCGGUCGAUGCAGCGCUACGGGCGAGGAGCCGGGCGCGGAGCCGGGCGCGGUGGGCUCGGCGGCGAGGGGGACGAGCGGGACGGGGGGCUGCGAGGAGCGGCCGCCGCCGCCGUCGGCUCGGGAGGCUUCCCCUCCUCGCCGCUCCCCGGAGGGGUCGUGCACAGCGCCGGGGCGCCCGUCCACAUCCCGGCUGCCGGCGGCAGCAAGCCGGUGCUGCAGUGCCGCGUCCUUCUCCUGGACGGGACCGAAGUCAACGUGGAGCUGCCGAAAAAUGCAAAGGGACAGGAGUUGUUUGACCAGAUUGUUUAUCACUUGGACCUUGUAGAAACGGAUUACUUUGGCCUGCAAUUCAUGGAUGCUUCCCAAAUUUCACACUGGUUGGACCAUUCAAAAUUCAUCAAGAAGCAAAUAAAAAUUGGACCUCCGUACACGUUGCAUUUUCGAAUUAAGUACUAUUCGUCAGAACCGAACAACCUUCACGAAGAGUUUACAAGGUACCUGUUUGUAUUACAGCUCCGGCAAGACAUUCUUUCAGGGAAACUGAAAUGCCCAUACGAAACUGCUGUUGAACUAGCAGCUCUGUGUCUUCAAGCUGAGUUGGGAGAGUGUGAGCACCCUGAGCACACACCAGAGCUCGUGUCUGAAUUCAGGUUUGCACCAAACCAGACUGAAGCAAUGGAAUUUGACAUUUUUCAGAAAUGGAAAGAGUGCAGGGGAAAGAGCCCGGCACAGGCUGAGUUGUGCUACUUGAACAAAGCGAAAUGGCUGGAAAUGUAUGGUGUAGAUAUGCAUGUGGUUAAGGGAAGAGAUGGUUGUGAAUAUGCUCUUGGACUGACACCAACAGGCAUAUUGAUCUUUGAAGGAGCCAACAAAAUAGGCUUAUUUUUUUGGCCUAAAAUCACAAAAAUGGACUUUAAAAAGAGCAAACUAACGCUCGUGGUUGUAGAAGAUGAUGAACAGGGCAGAGAGCAAGAGCACACAUUUGUUUUCCGGUUAGACAGUGCCAAAACGUGCAAACAUUUGUGGAAGUGUGCGGUGGAGCACCAUGCUUUCUUCAGAUUGCGAGCCCCAGCAAAUAGUAAAUCUAGUAGAUCCGACUUCAUAAGGCUGGGAUCACGCUUCAGAUUCAGUGGGAGGACAGAAUAUCAAGCAACACAUGGGACAAGAUUACGCAGAACUAGUACAUUUGAAAGGAGGCCCAGCAAGAGAUACCCCUCUCGGAGGCAUUCCACUUAUAAGGCAAACAAUCCUGUGAAAGCAGCACAACUGUGUGCUAAAAAUACUCCUGAAGUCCAUAACUAUCAGCCACAGUAUCAUCCUAAUAUACAUCCUGCUCAGCCACUCUGGCAUCCACACACACCUGUGAAUGUAAGGGAUGGAGCAUCCACAGCUUCUCUGUGCAACCUGUUUCAGUGCCUCACCACCCUCACAGAAAAGAAUUUCUUCCGUAUAUAUAAUAAUUGCAACUUCAAUUUGGUAAUAAGGCCACCCUAUCAUGAUGACAGGCCCUAUUGGAAACCCCCCACAAGUGGAGAGGACAGCAAUUUACGCUAUCCGCUGAACAACAGCGACCUGCACCCAUUCAACAUUGAGGAGAACGGCGGGACCCCAUACACCACAAAACUGGGUGCGAGGCACCACCACCACCAUCGGCAUCACCACCACCACGCCAACUACGGGGCCCUCGCUCCUGAAAGCAAGGACAUCGUUUCUGCAGUUCCAAACACAGCCAGCAUCCUUUUAGAACUGAGCUCAGGACUUCCCCUUCUUUAUGAUGAAACUUCUCAUCUGAAGAAAAUAGAAACGGAGAGUGUGAAGGUAGUUGGACCAUGGCCAGCCCUGCACGUCAGCAUGAACAAGGCUGAAGACAAGAAGGUACCGGAAAAGACUCUUCAUGCCCCUGUGUCGCCUUCAUCUGUACCUGACCAUUUGAAGUGCAACAUCCUCAAAGCUCAAGUGGAAGCUGCUUUUAGAGUGGGUGCCCAGGCUGUGAAAGAAGAGACCACUUUUGUAAAUCCCAGUAAGACCUCCAGUCUGCAGGACCCUAAUGUAAGGAGUCCAGCUCCAGUGAGACCUGAAACAGCACCAACAACUGUCCCUGCAGAAAAGCAGGAGGUGAAAGCUCCUCGUGUGAGGAAGUUAACGAGGCAGUACAGUUUUGAUGAAGAUGACCUUCCUCCAGCACUGGCAGCAGCAGCAGCAGCAUCAACACCUGUGUCUUCAGCAUCUCCCGGGUCACAGAAAACGUGUACGCCACAAACGUCGGAAGGACAGACACAGGUGUCACCCGGUGGCAAGAGUUCCACAGAUGCUGGGAGUACAUUUGCUUUGGAGCCAGGUGACCUCCUGAUGGAUUUCACAGAGGCCACACCAAUGAUAAAGACAUUCCCUGCUGAUACAUCUAAUCCUUUUUUCGAUCCCUUUACAACAGUACCACAGUUUUCUGCAGAAUUUGCAGACAGCAAAUUACAAUGCUGUGGGGUGCAGUCAUCUCCUAAGAUUACGCUGGUGUCUCCAUCACCUGUCCUGAGGUCUCUGGCAGACACUAUACCGACUCCAACAGUGCAGACAGUAUAUACGUCGCAUAAGCCCAUUUCGCUGGCAGACAGUGCUGAGACUCUGAGGCGUGAACUUGAGAGAGAGAAAAUGAUGAAAAGACUCUUGAUGACAGAAUUAUGAAAUUCGCACUUCCGUCAGAUGGAGAAUGGAUUGGGGCCUUUCAUGUGCCUUCUGUCUGUUUACAUUCCUCUGCUUCUGUGUACUCAACAUAAUGCAUCGGGAAAAUGUGUGAUAUUCCUGGCUCGCCUGGAUUCACCGCGGUUGGCUAAAGUUACGGCUCGGCUAGACUUUAACUUGAAGGAGUUCCUUUAUUCAUUUGCUGCUGGGAAAUAAACCUUCAAUCCUUUAUCUCUCCUGAGAUUUUAUACUAUUAACACGAUUAAUUUCUGGUUUGGUUUUGGUAAAUCUAGGGCAAAGAGGAUCAGCAAGGAGCAUACUGAUUUCUAUUGGGAAACACUGUUCUGUACAUAUGUUAAUAAGUGCACAGAAAUUAAUGUUAUGCAGAAUAUUUUGAUAGUAACAUAGAAAAAUAUGUCAUUUUGUACAACUGAAAAUUGCAAUGAGCUACUGCUAUUUGUUAAGAGAACCAUUUUUAAAGCAGAAGAACGAUUAUUACAUCCUAACCCCAGGACUGUUAGUCUCCACAGAAUAAACGGCUGUCUUAUUAAAUUCCUAACCUUAACCUUCACUCAGCGAUAUAAAUAGCUGCAAGGGGGAGAGACACCCCACCAUACAGAUAUACACACCCAAUACUCCCUAUAGCUUGUCACCUUGACUUAAACCUUCAACAAAAUCUUGCUGUAUUUCCAUUAAUGGAUGAAAAAAAUCUGUUGUUUAAAGUAAUUUGCUACUGACUUUCUAGCUUGAAACUGACUUUUUUAAAGUAAGUGAAGAGUUUUACCUUCUCCAGUUUGCCUAGGCUUUAAGGCUAGCCCACGCUCAGACGUCUUCUGCCCCAGCACUGAAGGUUGCAGAGCCUCAGCGGUGUGGAUGUAGCUCACGUAAGGAGAAUGUUUUCCUUCCUGGGUAAAUAAACCACCUUCCUGACUGACAUGAAUUGGCUGGUCCCUUUCAAGAGCAAGAAAAAUGAUAGUUUAUGGCAUAGCUGUGCCUAUACCCGUGUUUUUAACUGUACUAAUCAGCAUGUAUGUCCUAGCAAACCUGUGGAGGGUGUGCCUGGCUAUACGUCCCGUUCACCUCCAACACCCAAGCAGCCUCUACAUCCAGUGGAGCUAUCUCAGGCAUGAGGUGGGGAGGGUGGUCCAGCACUAGCAGAGCCACAGACACAGGGAGGGAAUUAAUGAUAUACAGGUAAUGCUACCAACUAUCUCCUAGGAAAAAAAAAAGGUCUCUGUUUCCCCUUGUUCAGUAGCACGGGGUCAUCGAGAAAACUAACAACAUCUGACUGUCAGCUACUCUUUCAACAGGAAAGCUUUUGUGCAUUUUGUAUGGCUGAAGAUGUAUAUUUUUAUGUUACUCUGUACACUAUGUUCUCUUAUUUGUAUUAAGAUAAAAGAUUGUCCUUCAUUUGGCACUGAUUAUGAUGGCUUUAUCUCAGCUUAAGCAGUUUGUUUGUGUGGAGGCUGGGAAGUGAUUGCUGUGAGACUGGCUUUCCUUCUGAGUUAGCUUCUGCUGUUUUUCUAAAAUGAGAGUUCUGGAUUGCAGUGUGAAGGUACGAAAUAACUUGUCUAUUUUAUAUUUGCUGGGACAAAAAAGUAGCAUUAGGCUUCCCAUUUAAAUCCACCAAACCCAAAACUCUGGUUGCCAUAAAUUGGGUCAAAAUACACAGAAUGACCAUUAGAUAGAAAAUCACAUUGUAAAAUUUAAUCAAGUGGCUCAACAUGAGCAGUGGGCACAAGGAGCCACAAAACCACACCUGGAUUGUAGAUUUAAGAGCAUUCCAGAGACUUCCCUGAGUAAUUAGAUAUGGCUUGUGUGUUGUCCACCCUCUAGUUGCAGUGCCAGGACACUUCUGUUCCGUAUGUUUUAAUGCCCCACUCCAUCAAUCCAGGGUUCUUAAAAAUUGGUUAGGAACAUUAAAUCCCUGUGAGGAAAUCAUAAAGGAGGAUAAAAUGCACAGACACAAAAGAUUGCAAUUUCCUGUUACUCUUUACCACUUCCCAGAGGGUAUUGGUGAGGGAGAAGCAGCAGCACAUUUUGCCCGUGUCCAAGUGAGAGUGAGCAUUCUGAAGAGCAAAUAAAAGAAAAUUGUGACUAUAAAUGCUGGUUUGGGAGAGGAAAACAAAGUAAGGUUGAGAAUGGCACAGUGCUGACUAGCUGAAUCUCGUUUUCUGCCUGUUAGGUAACUCCCAAUUGUGUUUGAACUGGCAACAAUUUCACAAAGUCACUGUCAAGGAAAACCCGGAACAAAAAAGAUAAAAACAAACAGAAAAAAAUCUGAACUCUUCAGUCAUACUGAUUGCCAUGGAGUGGACUUUAGGAACCCCACAAUAUGCCUUCAAGUUUGGGGGCAAAAUAGAUCCAUGUUAGGACAGUUUGGUCACUUAAGCAAAAGCCUUUAGCAAAACUAAAUGCCUAAGUCAGACUAGCCCAUAAGAUGUUCUGGCUCAUAAACAGCGUAUUAGUUCAUUGUUUUUAAUGAAUUAUUUUUGCUCCCAUUGUAUAAAAUUUCUUCAGCUGAAAUAGUCAGAACCAGAAAACAAGUAACAUGAACCGAGGUUACUUUAUCUGGCCAAGUCUUUAUAGCUGAGGCAUGCUCUGGGAUAGCUGAAGAAGGGCAGAGAUUCCUCCUUCUUUGGUUCCCACCAGGAGAAGAGGGAAAGGCUCAUAUGGCUGCUUAGUUUCUGUGGGACAUUUUCUACAGAACAACUUCAAGUAUGUUGCCUUGUCGUGUUUCAGUGUCUUAUCCACUGGCUGCUACCGUUUCCUAUUCUGCAGUCUAAUGGAGCUUUAUUAAAACUGUUUUACUGAUAUCAAACUAAAGUUUUAACUGUGGAAUGUCAUCAUCUUGUUCUUUCUUACUGGGUACCUUCUUCAGCCAUGCUUCAGCAUCUCAGUUUUCACAUCCUCUGAAGAAACACUUCUGCCUCACUUCUGGUUGGGAAUUUCAGUGUUAGGACACCUGUUACCCAAAACUGCUGUGAACAAGACAGUGUCAACACAAAUAUGUUGCAGAGGGGCAGACAUUGCAGAUUUGCCCCUACAAUUUAACUUUACAGGUGUUAAAGGAUACUCUGCCUGAAGGUAUGUCUAUAUAAUAGUGCAGAAGUAUCUGAGCUAGCUUUAAGCUUGCAUAUGUAGUUGUGGCAGCAUGAAGCCCAGCACAGGCUAUCAUUAUCAUGUACAUUGACAUGUGUAAAGAUAACGCGUUUGAACAGCAGCCUUCUGAAGCAUGGUCUCCAGAACUGGUGACAGGAAAGGAUGGCUGAAAGGAUUUUGUCUCUUCAGCUCUCCUGGAAAAGGGUUCAUCUCAUCUAACAUUAAAAUGCUCAGCUCUCACCUGAUGAGAGAUUAAAAGAACUGUCUUCCGGAGGUGCCUCUGACUUAAGUGUCUACCUUUUUACUGAUUAAAGUUAGGUGAGAUGUAUCCUGCUUUCCGUCCCUCUGGCUAGGUCUACAUUGCAAACCCUUGCUGACUCAGCUGCAUCAUCCAGGGCUCAGCUUCGAGGGACGAUUUGUGACCGGCGUAGCUCUGCCAGAGCACUGCCUUUUGUCAGCAGAUUUAUCCCUUGUGGAAGAACAGAGAGCUGGGAUAGCAACUUACAGUGACAUAAGCACCGAGGCUUCACUACAGUUGUGCUCCGUCUGGGAGUAGCUGGUUGAUGAAACCUCCUGCUGCAGCCACGCUGGCAAAGCUUAUCAGGGAUGGCCCUGGCUUUCUGCAGUGCCCCCGAGUGAUGCUCUGACCCUGUCAGCAGAUCCCAGCUUUUCAGCGUGAAGUCUCUAAGCAGCGGAAUGCAAUGUUGUCAUGUUUGGGUGAUUCCAGCAAAAUUUAUUGGCCAUUUAAAUAGCUAUGCAAGGAGUUAAAUAUUUUCUCAUUUUGCAGCCUCUUAUGGAAGCCAACCAAUUGUGCUUUGUUUUUUUGUGGCUCAGCUGUUUCCACUAUUUUAAGAGGAAUAACUGAGUUUUCUUUAGAAACAUUGGUUGAGAUUCCAACCUCUCUCAGAUCCCACCGUGUGUGCAGACUUUUCAUGUUUCACAGACCCUGGAAGUGCAAAAUAUGAAAAUUAACUCCUCCAAAGUUUCAGUUCAUGGCUUCACUCUCUUGCAACAGGAUGCCUAUGUGCCCAUUUGAAACAGAGCUGGCAAUGCAGUGAAAUGUUUCAUUGGAGGCCGCAUCAUGUUUUGUUUGAACUGUUUACAAAUAGCCUUUGCUUUUAUUUAUUUAUUUUUUUCUGAAUACAUUUCUGGUUCAUUUGCUACAAAAAAACCCUACUUGUAAUUAUGCAAUGGAAUAUUUUUUCUCUUUUUUUUUCCUCUCCUUUUUUUUUUUUAAUGUCCUGAUGUUCAAGGAGUUUGCAAUAAAUAUACUGAGACUGAUCUGUAAUUGCAUGUAAGAUUAGCCUCACAACUGUGUUUUGUAAAGUUUCGUGCCGUAAAAGAAGCUGUAGAUGACGUGGAGAGGGAGGGAAGGUAGAGAGUAAGUGGAGGAGAAGGCUUCUUUGGCAGCUGCAGCAUUGAAUGGUGGGUGGCAAGACUGCUCACACCAUUUAGUUUUCACCUGACUAGCAGCGUGUAUCAUCAGACAGUGUAUGAUGGCAUUUUGUUGAAAACAUGCCUAAAGAGAAACUUUUACGGCUCAGCUGUUUACCUGUUCCUGUAUUCAUGCCUGCAAUAAAAGAGAUGAAAAAUAAA